UCAAUUUCUCUUCGCAUUCAGUUAACCUGACUAUAUCCAUUCAGAAUAUAACAAAAUGGUCCGCAGAAUAGCACAAAUCGUCCAUCUCAAAUGUUCUGCCGUUGCAGCAUACAAAGAAUGUCAUGCUAAUGUAUGGCCGGAAGUCUUGCAGCAAAUCCACGACUGUAAUAUUCGAGAUUACUCGAUCUUCUUUGAUAAUGACAGGACACUUUUUGCUACGUUCAAAUAUAUUGGUAACGACUUCGAGGCUGAUAUGAAGAAAAUGAGAGCCAACCCUAAAGUCCAGGAGUGGUGGGUCAUGACGGAUGGGAUGCAAGAGAGCCCGAAUCAGGGCUCUACGGGGAGCAUGGACCAGGAAACGUCGUGGUGGAAGGGAUUGGAGGAAGUUUUUCAUGCUGAGUGAUGUGAUCAGUUGGGUACUCUACUCUACUUCUCCUUAGAAAUAGACUUGGACUUGAAGAGAGAAAAUC